AGAAAUUAAAAAGCGGGAAGAUAAGAACGAGGGCGGAACGGGGCAAAGGCAAAACCGGUAUCUUCGUAUUUUAUGCGGACACCACGCCCAAAGAAAGAGAGCGACUGUAUCUUCUUCGUGUUCUUCUCCCUCGCCAUUGUGUCCUGUUGAUAAUAAAGAGCGCAGGCAACCAAACAAAACCAAACCAGACGAGCGAGCUUCUCUCUCUCUUUCAUGGAUCGUCAUCGGUCUCUGACUCCCCUCUCUCGAAAUCUCAGCUCCCCUGUUCAUCGGGAUAGCCUCGUGUUCCGGCGGGGCCACUCCUUUCUCCGGCGAGCCCAUCAGGUUCCGGCGCUCUGAGUCUCAACCAUCAUUCGUUGCAGUUGACUGAAGUCGCAGCAUAGUUCUUUGAGAGUUGAUGGGGCACUUAUCUUCGAUGUUCAACGGGCUGGCGAGAUCUCUGUCCAUUCGGAAAGGGAAGCCUUCCGAAUCUUGUGAUGGGAGGGAGACUGCGGAUGCGAUGGUGAAAGAAGCGAAGAAAAACGACUCGAUGCUCUGCAGUUCGGGAACUGUAAAUGUGAAUGGUUCGAAGAAUUUUGCGUCCAUUUUCUCCAAGAGAGGGGAGAAAGGAGUAAAUCAGGAUUGCUGCAUUGUGUGGGAGGAAUAUGGGUGCCAAAGCGACAUGAUCUUCUGCGGGAUUUUUGACGGGCACGGCCCUUGGGGGCAUUAUGUAGCGAAGAGGGUAAGACAGGCGAUGCCAUCUUCUUUGCUCUGCAAUUGGCAGGAGACUGUUGCUCAGGCUUACCUCGACCCAGAUUUUGACUUGGAGACCGGUAAGAAGCACCAUCGGUUCGAUAUAUGGAAGCACUCCUACUUCAAGACCUGUGCUGCGGUUGAUCAGGAGCUCGUGCAGCUCCGAAAGAUUGAUUCCUUCUAUAGCGGGACUACUGCUUUGACUAUUGUCAGACAGGGUGAAUAUAUUGUCAUAGCAAACGUGGGAGACUCCCGGGCUGUGCUAGCUACUACUUCAGAUGAUGGCACCUUAGUGCCGGUUCAGCUCACAGUAGAUUUCAAGCCCAAUCUACCUCAGGAGGCUGAAAGGAUAAUCGAAUGCAAUGGGAGGGUCUUCUGCUUACACGACGAGCCCGGGAUUCACCGACUCUGGCUUCCUGAUGGCGAGUCUCCAGGCCUUGCAAUGUCCAGAGCCUUUGGGGACUACUGCGUGAAAGAUUUCGGACUUAUAUCCGAACCUGAAGUGACACAGAGGAACAUCACCAGCGAAGACCAGUUUGUUGUUCUUGCAACUGAUGGGGUGUGGGACGUUGUGACGAAUCAGGAAGCCAUAGAAAUCGUAUCCUCAGUACCCGACAGAGGAAAGUCCGCUAAACGGCUUGUCGAGUAUGCAGUCCGAGCUUGGAAACACAAUAGGCGUGGGAUAGCAAUGGACGAUAUUUCUGCUAUUUGCCUCUUCUUUCACUCGUCGCCGUCUGCCCAUCAGAUCCACCCCGUUAAGAACCCAGUGUAGUGAGUAAUUCGAUCACCUGGUCAUCGGGAUCGGCUUCUUCCCUCUGAUUCCUCUGUAAUAUUUUAGAUUAUAAGUGAUUGGCCCCUUUAAAGGAAUUUUUAAAGAGAAGAUCAUGUUGCUGCUUCAUGUCA